CACACCGAUGGGCAACACUUUAGAUGGCCUAUAAGGGUUUUAUGGGGAGGGACGGAACUUCAAGAACAAUUUGCUCCGUUCCUUGUCAUCAUACUCCUCUGUCUUACAUUGAUAUCUCCGAGGAGUAAAGAAAAGAGAGAUCGCGAGCGCUCGGUUAGAACGUCGCUUCGUGUGGAUUGCGGACUGAUGAGGAGUCGGUGUUGUGUCUUAAUUAGUUAGAAGGCUGGAGGCUCUUUGGAUUAGAUAGAAAACGAAGAAGAAGAAGAAGAAGAAGAAGAAGAAAAGAAGAAAAAGGGAGGGAAAGUCUGUGUGUUUCGCGGACAUAAGAUGCACAGGAUGAGAAGUGGAAAGGCUCUGUCGUUUUUAGCUUGAUCAUGGGUAUGAAAUUCAGGACAUUCCUCGGUGUCUGUUUCUUAAAGUGUUUGUAAUUCCGUGAAGAAGCAGAAGAAAGAGAGUGGGCUUCGGUUAUGCUCGCCACACUUUGCCAAGUGCCCCCGGAUACUUCUUUGUGCCUGUAAAACAGAAAGAUAUGGCUCUCCUGGUCGUCCCGCUGCUUCUGCAAACAGGACUGGUUUUGGGAUCAAACUACGGUUAUGUGGAGUGGUCGGACAAUGAGCGAGACGAGAAGAACCCACCGGUCUUCAGCACACAAAACAUCAACAGGGAGCCGCCCCACCAUCCGACUUACUACUCGGUACCGGCCACAGAGCGCACGGUGGUGACGCACAAAAUUGAAGAGGACCUGCCGAGGGUGGUGACCGCGUUCCUGCACUCCGGGGAUUCCUCAGCGCUGAGGCAUGUCAACUGUUCGCGGAGGUACGAGCUGAGGAGCCUGCGAGGCGGCCUGCACGUCGCCUCCCACUACGGGCUGCACAGCAUCCUGGACACUCUAGCGCACGCCACAAACUUCCUGAACAUGAUCUUGCAGGCCAACAGGUCCCGGGAGCAGAGCCCGCGGAUGGACAUCCACUGGUACCACGCGCUGGUCCAGAGUAUCCUCGAGGGGGACCCCAAAAUUCACAGGGCGGUUGUGACCUUUCACGCUGACGCACCGACACCGGGCCCUCAGGUUUUCCUCCAGGCGACCAGAACCGAGAAGAAGGUGCUGCUGCAGGACUUGUCCGGCUCUGCGCACCGUCACCUGAGGAGCAAGAGCCCUGAGUCCGACUGGUUUACUGAGUUUAGGGACGGGAGGAAACCACCCAUGCAUAGACGAGUCCAGGAGGCGUCGGGCACCAAGAGUGGAAGUUACCUUCUGGACAAAAACCAGAUCAAGUGGUCGGCGCCAUACCUGGAGUGUGAACACGGGGCGUUUGUGCCAUAUUGGCUGCUCACCUUGUCUGCUGGCUUUUAUGGACUGAAGAGGAACUCUGCACCAGAGUUCAGGGGUGUGGUUCGUGUAGAUGUGAACCUGCAGGAUGUGGACAUUGACCAGUGCUCCAACAGUGGCUGGUUCGCCGGGACCCACCGCUGUAAUGUCACCAGCAUGGAAUGCACUCCCAUUGUCGGCCAUGGAUUUGUGUUGGACAAGUACAAGUGCCAGUGCAGGAGAGGAUUCUUCCACCCAAGCCGAGUGGCGCUCAACGGCUUUAAAAGUAAGGAGCAUGGCUCCAGUAGAGACGAGACCUCUGAUGUGUCCAGUAAGUGCCUGCCGUGCCAUGACGGCUGCCCCUACUGCCGGGACGACACGCCCUGCCUGGCGCAGGAGGAUGGUGCUCUGCGACUCUCUGUGGCCUCCUUCCAUGCUCUGUGCAUGGUACUGGACCUGGCCAGCAUGGUGGUGGUCUACCACUUCAGGAGGAAGAAGAGCAUCCGCACAUCGGGUCUUAUUCUGCUGGAAGCCAUCUUGUUUGGGGCUUUACUGCUCUAUUUCCCAGUGAUGAUCCUGUACUUCCAACCCAGUGUGUUUCGCUGUGUCCUUCUGAGGUGGGUUCGCCUCCUGGGUUUUGCCAUCAUGUACGGCACCGUCAUCCUCAAGCUGUACAGGGUUUUAAAGGUGUUCCUGUCCCGCACAGCUCAGAGGACACCUUACAUGACCAGCUGGCGGGUCCUGCGGCUGCUAGUGGUAAUCCUGCUGGUGGUGCUGUGGUUCCUGGUGGCCUGGACCUCGGCCGUGUGCCAGAAACCCGAGCUGAGUCAGGCCCUGAUUGCUGCAGGCCUCACCCCAGAGGGGCUGCAGUUCAGCAUGUGUCUGUUGGAUCGAUGGGACUACAUGAUGGCUGUUGCGGAGUUCCUGUUCCUGCUGUGGGGGGUGUACCUAUGCUUCGCAGUCCGCACUGUACCGUCCGCUUUCCACGAGCCACGUUACAUGGCUGUGGCCAUCUACAAUGAACUCCUCUUAUCAGCCAUCUUCCACAUCAUCAGGUUCUCUCUGGUGCCGGGGCUGCACCCUGACUGGAUGCUCAUGUUGUUUUGUGCUCACACUCAUCUGACUGUGACAGUGACUCUGGGCCUGCUGCUCCUUCCAAAGUUCAUAUCCAAAGGGACUCAGGCCAGGGAUGAUAUUGCCACCGAGGCCUAUGAGGAGGAGCUGGACAUGGGAAGGUCUGGCUCUUACCUCAACAACAGCAUUACCUCGGCCUGGAGUGAGCACAGCUUGGACCCUGAGGAUAUACGGGAUGAGUUGAAGAAGCUGUAUGCCCAGCUGGAAGUCUACAAAUGUAAGAAGAUGCUUGCUAACAACCCUCACCUCCAAAAGAAGCGCAACUCCAAGAAAGGUCUGGGUCGCUCCCUGAUAAAACGGAUAACAGAGAUCCCAGAGACAAUGCACUUACACCGGCAGUGCAGUCGUGAGGACGGGAGCGAACACGGCAGCAACCGCAGCACCUUGAGGAGAAACCCAUUUGAACCGAGUCACCACGCCAAACCUCGGGAUGACUCCCUGAAAAAUAAAGUCAUGGGCUUGAAGAAGUCCCUCAGCUAUGACCACGUAUGUGACCAGGAUGAGGAAACUGGAAGCCAAACUGGCUCAACUGCAGGAGACAAAACGACUCCUGUUGGAGGUGGUGGGGAAGGAUCUCUUCUGGGUUCCCUGAUUGGUCGGAAGAAUACUAAAAAGCAGCUGGAACCAGCUGCGACCCCACCGAGACUGGAACCAGCUGAGUCCACAGAGUCUGUUCCACUGUUCUGGAAAUCAGCCAGCGCUCACAACUUAACGCACGAGAAGAAACCUGUCCAGCUGCGGACCUCCAUCAUGCAGAAGUCGCUGAGUGUGAUUGCAAGUGCCAAAGAAAAGAUGCCAGGGCUUAACAACAAGACGCAAAGCGUGGAGGACGCCAGUAAGAAGGGUCUGAAGGGACAGGAUGAGAGGAUGCUGUCUGAAGUGGAUGAGACCCCUGAGCAUUACCCCAAGAUGAUCAUCAGCCAGUCAGUGGAGUACUCCAAGACACCCAUGAAGAUGGGCAUCAUGAAACAACAGGUGAGUGGCAGCCAGCCGUCCAUUUGCUCCGAGAACGGUAGGAACCUCUACGAUGUGUCCGAGGUUUGUCCCUGGGAGAUGGAAGAACCUCAGACUCCCUCUGAAGCAAAGACCCAGAAACAUGUUUCCAUUGCUCCUGAAGAAAGCACCACAGGCCGGAGAGGCAGCAGCAGCAGUUCUAGAGUCAGCAAAGGAAGCCGGUCCCAGCAGAGGCAGAAAACCGGGCAGUCCCCUUCCAACAGACGGCACUCUAAAGAUAAAGGAGGAGAACGGGAGGAAGGCCAGGAGACACGAAAAUCUCAACCACCCAGGUCUCCUCUCCCUCUGAAGCCAGACGUCUGUCCUUGGGAAUUCGAUGAGCAGCCCAUGCUGGAAGGAGAUUCAGAUUCCAUCUCCCCAGAAAGGAUCAGGCGCAAGAAAAGUGUUACGCCCACUGAUGGGAAACCCAAGGGGCUUCACUCAGACCACUCCAAGUCCACGGGAAGCCUUUUGCAGCCUCCCUCCCUAAUGGUAGAGAUCUGCCCGUGGGAUUACACCAGCCCACCUUCCCCUAAGCAGGAAAAGUCCUGCAACAGCCCCACCACACACAAGAAGAAACGGAAAGGCUCCUGUUCGUCCAACCACAAAGCUGAGAAGGAGAAAGCUAGGGAAAAGAGCAGAGAAAGGCGGAGCUCCUCCAGCAAGCCGCCGUCAGAGAGGAGACGCGUUAGCCAGUCGUCGGAGUGCUGCGGCCCGGUUUAUGAGCGACGGAGGAGCUCUACCAAAGACCCAGAGGUGAUGGAGAUCAGGAGGGGGGAGGUUUUCUCCCGGGAGACCGAGCCCGUACUCACCAGCUUUGCUCAGACUAAAAAAUCACCGGAGAAGAAGAAAGAGAGCUCUUUGAGUAUGAGUUACAAACCUGCUGUCAUCAGCGGGGCAAAGGUGGUUGAUGUUUGCCCCUGGGACUUUCAGGAUCAAGACUCUGCAGAGAGGGCAUGAUGACUGGUGUGAUGAUUGUAUUCUUUUGUAUUCACAGACUGACAGCACAGAGGACAAGUCAACCGAACAAUAAAGAUGUAACAUUGUACUUGAUAAGAGAGUUGUUCUCGAGGUGAUUUUGAGAAGGAAACCAUUUAUGUUGCUGAUGCUACCAAACAUUAACCAUUUGCUUAACAGCAAACAUCUCAUUGUUACAUUGCAGUGAAUGCAACCCUGACUUUAGAGGAAUUUAUAGUCUACACUUUUGCGCGUACAUUUGUCGAACUUUCAUUGUAUGUAUGUUUUAUCACUUUGAGUACAUCAAGGUAAUUUUUAAAUGAAACGAUACCUAUAUUUGACCAGCAGGUUGGACAAUCAUUCGUCACAAACACAGUCAAUGCUUCACCUAAUGAAUUAAUUGAACAUUGCUGUACAUUUCCCCGGUUACGCUUAUGAUAUCCUGUGUUACGCAGUAAGCCAGUGGAGAAUUACUGCAUCAGAUGCUCAUGAUGAAAACAAGCAGGCUGCAGAGAAAAAAAAGACCAAUGGAAAAAAAAGCAUAUGAGCUCUCUGAGAAGCAGGACCAAAAGCCCAGACACAGCUGUUAUGUAUUAGCUUUAGGUCAAAUAUAUAAUUCAUGGCUGAAAAAUGAUCUGUAUGAUUAGUGAAACAUGGGAACAACAACGGAUUAUAGUGCAGCGUCAUGUUAAAAUCAGAUAAACUGGUUCUUUCAGUAAAAGUACUCGAUAUACAGUGUGUAUUUUUCAACAACAAAAAAAGUAAUGCAUGUGGCGAGCAAUCAAGCAUCCAAUAACUAAAUGUUCAUUUAUUGUACUCAAUUAUGACAGUGGAACUUUUGAUGUUGUUGCUUCUUCCUACAUGAUGCUUUUGAAAUUAUGUGCAUUGCUAUCAAUAAUGUACAUACAUAUUUCAAAUGGCUUGCAGUUACAGUUGCGCAGUACUAAAAUAUCCAUGAGGCUCUCCCUUCGGUUGGUAGUUAUUUACUGUUUAAACAUGCCCUUGAUGUCCCUCUUCUCAAAAGAGGCUUAAGUAGUUCCAUGUCUAAAAUAAUGUAAUGUCUUUCAAGGACCAAAACCAAGCCUGAUGAGGGUGGAUGAGGUGAAUAAUGCAUAUUUUUUCUGUCACUUAGUUGCCCAUUUUACAUCUGCUUGAAUGCACCUUUCUUCAUAUUUUUGCACAUAUUCAAUUGCUAAACUAUGCAUGACCAAAGCUUAUUUUUUGCCACUUUCUAGCUAACAGAAUAUGAAAAAUUUGCCAUUUCAACAUCAUCUCGAACAACAACAGUCAGCCGUUCUGUCCUGUGAUCAGCCACCCGCCAGCGACACCUUAUAAAAUGCAGUUGCACACGGUAGUCUGUUCAACUUCAUUACGGCUGUGUGUGCAUGACAGGGAAAAUACAGGAGUACACUCAAUUUCACAAGAAGGCAUAACAAGUCAUUGCAUAAUGCAUAUGUUUUGAAAUACUUAAAAAGAAUUUAGGAGCACAUGCGACUUUCAAAUAUAGAUGUCAGAUGUUGUCACAUAUUUAUCAAGAACGCCCUGUGAAAGAUAAUUUGCUCAUCAAGCAUUAAGUGAACUAAACUAAAAGGCUUGAUGAGCCACCACUCUAACUUUCACAAGGGUUUUUCCUAUCAGAGGUUUUAUAGGCUCUAUGAAAUGGAAUGUUGUAACUUGCCCACUAAAUGUACUUUAUGCUUGUUAUACAGUAUAGUGUUGCUCCAAAAAAGUUACAAAACGUUGUAGCAUCCACAUGGAGCAUUUAUAUUGUACAUUCAUAUUGUGUUGCAUGUAAAUACAGUAAAUAACCUGUUCUCAAUUCUGGAUUAAAUCUUUCUAUAAAAACC